CCGUCAUCGUUGUCAUUCUGUGAAUUCUGUCAAAUUUGACGUGUUUUCAUGUUUUGGGUUGGAUUAUUUUAUCAACAAAAUAUAAAUUAAACUCUACCAUUAGACGACAAGCAUGGGUCGCCGAAAGUCAAAACGAAAGCCGCCACCAAAGCGAAAAGCUAUCGAACCCCUAGAUCAACAAUUCAACUGCCCAUUUUGUAAUCAUGAAAAAUCAUGCGAGGUAAAAAUGGAUCGAGCACGAAAUACGGCUCGGAUACAGUGUAGGGUUUGUUUAGAAGACUUCCAGACCACAACAAACGUGUUAUCCGAGCCGAUCGACGUAUACAAUGACUGGGUUGAUGCUUGUGAAAGUGCCAAUUAGUAUAAUAUGGCCAUUAGUAACUUUAAGUUUUAAUAAAUAUAUAUUAAUCUCAACUGCUACGUCUUAGUCUACUGUAGAUGCAUUUUCAAGAUUAAGUUGUUAAUUUAUGUGGGAUUAUCCCUUAAUUGUGAUUUGUGUCUUAAAGAUAUGUAUACUACUACCUUGUAUUGUGAUUCUACCUUAUGAUGAGAAUGUGGAUUUAAUGUAACACAAAGGGUAUUGAAAUAAAUUCUGAAGAUUUAA